AAUGUUUUGACUAUGUGUUUUAUAUACAUGUGUCUAUAAUUUUAUAUGUUUAUUUUUGCUAUCACCACCAUAGCUCACGAGUCACGCCUCACGGCUGCCUCGGGGUUAUAAAAUUUACGUAAAUAUUUAGGCCUAGCCUAGCCCUUUGCGCAACCACGCAGUUGCUCAGCUAAAGCCUACAUAGAUGUAGAGUCAUGUACGACAUCCCUUAUCAAAUUCGCCAUACAUCGUUUCUAAGAGGGAGAAUGCUACAUUACGUCGGUAUCACCAUCGUUGCUAUUGGUGUGCUAUUCAGUCACACAGCGGAAGCAGACAUCAUAGUUCAACAUCCGCAGAAUGUGACUGUGAUCGAAGGAACCCCGUUAACGCUCCCGUGCAGCGUGAAUGCGUCGUACGAUGGCGCCACUGUUGCUUGGGUGCGCGACGGGACGGUGGUGUUAGACGUCGGCACUGACCCAGGUUACGAGUGGGACCUAUCGAACAAUGACACCGACAACUACGACUUGAGUUUGCACAAUUUACGUGGGUGACGACUAACGAUCCAUGCCUAGUGGGUGGCAGUUUCUCCUGCUCAGGAUAUAACCUGGUGAACGAAAACAAUUACCACACGGCGUCCAUUUAUUACGAUUUCAAGUCCACGCCCGAGGUCUCAAUUAAAGAUUACGUGGAGGAGAUUGCUCUGGAUGAAACUGAAGGGGUGACUCUUCAAUGCACAGGAAAUGGGGUUGCGCCUCUUACGAUUCAGUGGUUUAAGGUGACGUAUAAAAACAGAUGCGGCUGA